AUGCUUCUCAACGCUGAAACCGCAAUCUCCACCUCGAAGGUGCUUCUCGUCCCAUACUCGAAAUGGCAUGUCCCGCGCUACCACGAGUGGAUGAAAGACCCCGAAAUCCAAGAAGCCACUGCCUCGGAACCCCUCUCCCUAGAGGAAGAAUACGCCAUGCAACGCAGCUGGCGCCAAGACCCCGACAAACUAACCUUCAUCAUCUGUCGACCUGUCUCUGGGUCUUCGACAUCUCUGACUCCGCAGGACGACAGUCCGUCCAACAUGAUCGGCGACAUUAACCUGUUUCUGCGCGUCGAUGACGGCGAGGAAGGGGACUCGGAGCCGCUGAUUGUCGGAGAGAUCGAGCUGAUGGUUGCCGAGAAGGGGAAUCAGAGACAGGGGUUUGGGAGGGCCGCGCUGUUGGCGUUUUUGCGGUAUGUGGUUGACCAGGAGGGGAGGAUUUUGGAGGAGUUCCUGGCGGGGGAUGAGUUGGCUAGGGAGGCGAUGGGGAAGAGGAAGAAGGAGGGAGAUGCAGGGUUGAGGUUCUCUUGCUUGAGUGUGAAGAUUGGGCAGGCGAAUGGUAGGAGUUUGGCGCUGUUUGAGGGGGCGUUUUUUAAGAGGGUGACGGAGGAGCCGAAUUAUUUUGGGGAGUUUGAGUUAAGGAGGACGGAUUUGGGGAGGGAGGGCGUUGAUAGGGGUUUGGAGGGUGCUGGGGUUACUGGGUAUGUGGAGUUGGAGUAUGAGAGGAGUGAGUAG